CGGUUGCCAGGUAACGGGACGCGGCUUCCUGCACAGCCGCAGCCGGUGCCCUCCCCCCGCCCGGGACCCCGCCAUGGACGCCGAGUCGCUGCCCUACGCGCUGGAUCUGGUGGCCGGGAGCGGCGCGGGGCUGAGCUCGGAAAAGCGGGCGGCGCUGCGGGCCUCGCUGCUGCUGCUGCGCCGGGACUAUCGCUUCGAGCGGGUCCGGUUCUGGGGCCGCAUCCAGGGCAUCCGCGGGCCCUAUUACAUCGCCGAGGGGCUGGGGGGGGACCGCGCCGGGCCCAGGAGCCGCCUGUACAGCUUGAACUGUGUGGAGUGGAGUCUUCUGCCACCAGCUACUGAGGAAAUGAUCACACAGACUGCAGGGCUAAAGGGCCGUUUUCAGGGGGAUCCAUCUUAUGAGUAUGAUCCCACUGAGAAGAAGGGGGAAGAGAAUGAGAGAAUAUAUGAGGAGGAAGGUGGGCCCAUGAUCAAGGAGGAAAUCCGUCUUGUAGCUAUAAUAGAUCAGAUAGAUAAGGCCGUGGGUAUCGUCCCACGGGGUGCAUUUGUGAAGACUCCGCUCGGCCCUGUCCAUGAAAACAGGAAUUUUGAAGGUCUGUCUCUGACUGAGGCAAAAAAGUUAAAUUCCUAUUUCCACUUCACUGAGCCUGUUAACCUGAAGAACAGAACACUCCUGCAAAAGGCUGACCUGGACCCAUCCAUUGACUUCCUGGACUCUCUGGAGCAUGAUAUCCCAAAAGCCCCCCUGCUGUUCCAGUCUUGGGUUCUCCUUCCCCACUCAGCUCUGGCAAUGCACCUCAGUCCUGACCCACAGCAGCUAUGGCCAUUCCUAUCCUGGACUCCUUCCACACUGCUCAGCCAACCCUUUCAACCUGAAGCAUCCCUGCCUUCCCAGGACAGGGCCUCUCUUGAGCAGCGAUUGUCAAAGCUCAGAGGAUCCUGGAGCAUCCAGCUGGAGAGGGGAGGCAGCCUGGUGGUUCUGAGGAGCUUGCUGUGGCCAGGACUGACAUUCUACCACGUCCCCAUGACUAAACAAUAUGGCUAUAUCUACGUUGGUACAGGUGAGAAGAACAUAGACCUGCCCUUCAUGCUGUGAAGUGCCCACCCAAGCUGAGGAUUCAAGGGAAGAGGUGUCACAUUUAGAUUUUAUACUUGGGGAUUUGUAGUUAUUGUUUGUUCUAAUAAACCCGUGUGAAACCUUUGCACCUGUCAGCAGUUUUCUGUGCCCCAGAAAGAGUCCUAAGGAUUUCCCUAAUGCCUCACUGUGUGUAUUCUUAAAUCUAGGCCCCCCGUCUUGAGUGCUCAGGCAUCAUGUUCCAGAUCUUAUUCCUAGGCAGCAUGAGUGAAGGUUGAUUGUAGCAUGUUAACAUAAAUAGAAAAUAAGGCUUCUGUCUUAAUAUCAGAAGGAAAAGCUGCUCAUUCUAGGUCUUGCCUACACUCCGGGCUCCACACUCCACCUUGUGCUCGGUGUGGGUUUUGGGGAGAGAAAGGGGGUCUGUUUUGCCAAAAGCAGAGGUCCCGCCUGCUCACUGCUGGCAGAAGUGAAAGACCCAACUCUACAAGUCAGUCUGCUGUGCUGGAAAAUAUCAGUUCUAACAUUCAGAGUGCCACAUGGCGUACCACUGCACUUGUCUCACCCAGUCACUGUUCUCUCACUAUCACCUUGAUAGCUGAUUUGGGUUACCUGCCAUAGAAAAGAUGCCAUGGAAGUGUGUUUGUUCUAGACACAGUGUGAGAAGUGAUUGUUAAAAAAGAGAGCGGAAAGGGACAGAAAAGACCUGUAGAGCCCCUGGCCUCCAUUUUCUGAGAGGCUCAGAUAGAGAUUUUACCUAAGGAUUCAACACACUUCAAGUCAAUAUUUACAUUUUCCCUAAAGCCAAGGAUCAAGGUAUCUUGCAGUCUGCCUGGCCUGAAUCUCCUGACCUGAAUCUAGAGCUUCCUUUUCACAGACUCAAGGCCAAAAGGAUCAUUAUGGUCAUCGAGUCUGACCUGCUACACAACACAGGCCAUCGAAUCUCCCCCACCUCUCUAGGCCAUGCUGGUAGGUGGCAACAGA